GUAGGAGAUACGCACUUUCAUGAGACUGUGUUGGGAUAACAUAUACGCCGACUUAAACGACUAAAAUCAAAUCGGUUUGUUUAAUGAGCAUCUAAUAGGCUAAUCCAUUUAAUAUUACAUUUGACAUCUAUGGUUUCGAAAGUAGCCUAACUGAAAUAGUUGUAAAUUUUCUUAAAGCAUCACUCAAGAAAACAGGUUAAAUCGACACUAUGGCUCAAAGCGAAUACAUGUCAGUAUGUAGCCUAUGUGAAAAUACCGUUUCUUUCUGUUCCAUAACUAUUUCAAAUGUUAUAGCCUACUUUAUCAUUUAAGUAAUUUAAAGAAAAUACAUAGAAUGAAUAACACAAUAAAAUGAAUAACAAUCACAGCUUGCACUCCUUACCUCGUUAAGCUUCUGGGGGAAAUUAAUCGAUUUUUUUUUCAACCAAACCAGUGACGCGAGGGCUAUUCACUAAUUACGUAAUUGUAUUACUAAACCUUAAUCUCAUUUAUACUAGCCUAUAGGGGCUGAGGCUUGUGGACAUAAUUCUGUAUUACAGGACAUUACUUUGACGAGCCAGAAAAAAAAGAUAUAUAGGCCUACCAAUGAUUUAUACAGCGUAGCCUCAAAUUACUUAAGAAAUAUUUGGGGUGUGUGUGUGUGUGUGUGUGUGUGUGUGUGUGUGUUUGAGAGAGAGAGGGAGAUUGGAAGGGAGGGAGAGAGAGAAAGCUAGAGAGGAAAGAGAGAAUCAAUAAUCAAAAACCUCAAUAAAAGGGGUGUGCAUGCGUUUUGUUCCCUUCGUUACGCUGUUUUAACAGGGCAAAGAAAAGAUAUUUGUACAUUUAUUGUUGCUUCCUGUAUUUAUUUGUUUUGUUUUUUAUCGGAGUGGUCAGCGGAUAUUGUCAUCUUGUCAAUCUUAUAGCGAAGAUUGUGGAUGAGUGCACAUUCUCUGCUGGGGUUCUGAAAUAAAUUAUAAAGUAGGUUAAUUAUAAAAGACUUGAAAUAAGAUAUAGGUUGAUAUAAAGAGUGCGUGAGAGAAAAAGAGAAGAGAGUGAGAGAAAAAGUGACGUUUAAAGGAAAGAAGGGAUGAAUUCCUAUUUUACGAACCCGCCGCUCUCGUGCCAUUUAAACGGUGGUCAAGAAGUUCUGUCCAAUGUGACCCUGAGCUCGACAAACUAUGACCCGGUCCGACACUUCUCUCCAUAUGGCGCGGCCGUGGCCCAAAACCGGAUAUACGCAAAUCCGUUCUAUUCCCCUCAAGAAAACGUGAUGUUCGGGCCAAGCCGAGGACCGUACGAGUACGGGUCAAAUGUGUUCUACCAGGACAAGGAUGUGCUUCCUAGUUGCAGGCAAAGCCUCGGGCAAACACAGGGUUCACUGACCCAGGAUUACGCUUCAGACCCAGGCAAGACUGCGUCUCAGGAACCGAAAGGAAAUAUUCAAAUAUAUCCGUGGAUGCAGCGGAUGAACUCGCACAGUGGAGUUGGCUAUGGGUCUGACAGACGGCGAGGUCGCCAAAUCUAUUCGCGAUACCAAACUUUAGAACUAGAGAAGGAAUUCCAUUACAAUCGUUAUUUGACGAGACGCAGAAGAAUCGAAAUUGCCAAUGCGUUGUGCCUGUCGGAACGCCAGAUUAAGAUUUGGUUUCAGAACCGCCGGAUGAAGUGGAAGAAGGAGAGCAAUAAUCUCACAUCCGUCCUCAGUGACAGUGGCUCGGCAGGAGCUGGCCAGGACACGGACAAAGAAGAAGCACGGGAAACAUCCGAGAAAACCGAGCAUAACUGACGGCCUAUCGGUCUACAACAUUCAGUGUUAAAUAAGUUCCUACAUGAUAGGCUACCUGUCGAACUUUCAUAAUUUGCACAAUUUAUUUACACCAAAAACAUUUCAUAUAGUCGUGAAACGUGUUUUCCACUCAAUUUAUUCUUUCCCCCAAAUUGUAGAAACCUGUUUAAUUCCAGAAAUACACAAUGGAUGGCUAUUAUGAAUCAAAGAAAGCUAGGCAGAAAGCUGCAAACGUUUUUAUCUUCUGUCUAUAUUGAUUUGCUCUUGUUGGGAUUUUUUAUUUUUUUAAGUCAUCUUUUUUAUUUUGAUAUCUUUUUCCUCAAACAGGUUACAGUUUAAAUAUUAGGCUACAAUCAUUUUUUAAUCAUUUAUUAUCGUGUAUUACAAAAUAUCUAAUGGCAAGUAGCCUACAUUGUAAAUGUUUGUAAAUAUAGCUAUGAGAUUCAGAUUUGUGUAGCUUUCCUUACAAUGUUCUGUUUUGUGCUUUUCUUUACUUUGUGCUACGUUCUGUAAGAAACAGGCGAUGUAAAGUAUUCUCAGAUAAUGUUUUCAAAAUUUGGAAUAGCUAACAAGCGAUAUGAAUUCUAUGUUUGAAAUUCACGCAAAAUAAUAUUCAAUAAAGUUGU